CGCCUCGGAGCUCUGUACCUGACGCGUUGCAUUGUAUUUGAUUUCUGCAUCUCGCGCCGUUCAUUGCCCGGAUUUUCAGCAAAUCUUCCCAUAUCUCGUUUUGAGAUAAGAAGAAAGGUUACGGUUUCUCCGCUAUCCUUGAGGCGUCACUCCUGUGCAGAUAAGCAGCCCUUACGACGUCCAGAGGAGAUCGCUCAAAACAUACGCGUAAGCUUCGUGCCAUGGCGACGAACGGGGUUGUGGUUGGAUACUUCUUUUCACUUUGGGUCUUGAUUUCGGCGGAUAGGACAACCAAGUCAACAGUGUACUACCUGGAUGACCUGUGCGCAUCUUCGCAGCGCGUCCAGGUCCGCAUAGGUGGUGCUGGUGUUCAGUCCGCGAUGGUACUUCGAGCGACAAGACACUACAUAGAGAACGGCUUCAACUGCACCGUCCAGAUUAGCACACGCAAGGACCGCAGUCUGCUCUACAGCAUACCAUUCCUGGACAUACCCAUGACUUGCCUGUCCGCACUCGAGAUAUGGGAUCAACGAGUGGACACGAAGCGGUUCUGUCGAAACCUGGACGAUCCGAGAGGAAAAGAAGCUUAUUGGAUCAUGUCACCCACCAUGUAUGUUCACCUUUACACGUCAAGGCAUGACUGGAACUACGAACGGAAGGGAUUCGAACUCGUUAUCACCUCCUUCCGACAGCCUCUGCACUUUGAUACCUGCUACGGCGACGAGUUCCAGUGCUCGAAUAAGCUAUGCAUCUGGAAAGAACUGGCGUGCAAUCAUGAAAACAACUGCGGCGAUCUUAGCGACGAGGACUGCGUGUCGAAAACCCUGUCUACGAUCAUCAUCGUCAGUGCAGCGAUCACGGUAGUCGUAUUGAUCUUUUGCCUUAUCUCAUACAUACGCAAGCGUCGAGGGGUCGGACCACACGAUCUCUCGAGGACAACAAGUGCACAGUCAUUCCAGAGCGACGGUUCGGCCAUGUCCGGUUUCGUGGACACGACGUAUCGGCCUCUGUACACAAAGCCUCUUCCAGAUAGCCCCUUGGUCUUAGUAGGUGACUUGCCAUCAAGGACACCCUCAGAAGACGGUACGCAAAGACCAGUGGAACAGAAACGAACUCAACCAAUGGAACAAUUGAACAGGUCGAUAUCGGAGCCCUAGAAGCACCGAGAGAAAGAGUUCAUGCUCGACGAUGUGGACCUUUAAGCACUUAUCGUGCUGUUGCGCCCACGGUGAUGACUCCUAAGCAGUGUGCAAAAGGGAACGAUGCUGGUUAUGCAGUGUACUUUUGUGACCCGCGUGUGGAUGCCUGUGUAGUAAAAUAUAUCCAGAAGCGGCACAGGGAACAUUUAGGGAACAGGUACUGCAGCUAGUAGGCUGUAUUAGUGCAUUAUCCUACGUGACGUGGACGGCUAUUGUCAUGUUGGUGUGUGUGUGUGUGGCGUUUCAGCCGCUGAGAUUGCACACGGCUGCUGUUAACUGAAGUGGCAAGCGAUAACGCUUGUCACGAUACACUGUGUAUAUCUGAGCAAAUACAAAACCAAUUAACAGUA